CUCAAAGCCCUCUUGUUGCGGGCACGAUACCUCUUCGCUCCUGGCAAGACCUUUCCCUUCAGCCAUGGCCGCCCCUCCAGGCCUGACAAUGCCGUCUUACCCUCCCUCGCACACGUCUUCUCCCAGCCGGCAUAUCUCGACAUACUCCUCCUCUAGCGCAGCCCUCGGCACGACAACGCCCACCGGCGCCUCUACCGCAUCGACCCUGCGCUAUCCGUCAACUCGCAAAACCAUAUACGACCGCAAUCUUAAUCGCUCGCGCAAUGCCGAACUCUCCCGCGCCAGUUUCGCAUACCUAUUCAUGGAGAUGGUCUCAUAUGCGCACCGCCGCGUCAAGGGCAUCCAGGACUUUGAGAAGAGGUUGAAUGAGCAGGGAUACCCUCUGGGCCUCAAACUCUUGGACUUGCUCCUCUAUCGGUCGACGCCAGCGGGGAGUUCUUCAAGCUCGUCUAGCACUUCCACUAGCGGAGUGGCUAACCGACCGUUGAGGUUGUUGCCCUUAUUGACCCUUCUCACAACAAAACUAUAUCCAUUGCUCUUCUCCCGGCCAGCGGACUCAUUGGAACAGUCCACAACCAAUCCCGGAGAGUACAUGAUUAUCGACAACACGCCGUUGACGAACCAGUACAUCUCGGUGCCCAAGGAGAUGAGCCAGCUCAGUGUGGCCGCGUACAUCGCGGGGAUUAUUGAGGGCGUGUGCGACGGGGCGGGGUUCGAGUGCAAGGCUUCGGCGCAUAACACGGGGACGGAUGUGUGGCCGAGCCGCACGGUUUUCUUGAUCAAGUUUGAGGAAAGUGUGCUAGAGAGGGAGAGAGAGUUGGAAAGGCAGGGUAUCAAAUGAAAGGUAGCAGAGAGGGCACGACAAACAAUGGUCUGAAGUCAGCAGCUUGCGUCGGGGGUCCUUGGCGAUGCCUACAGGGUGGCGGCACCGGAGUAUGGGGUCAUGACAGAGCUAUGUGCGGAUUUCAUGUCUCUUCUUCCGCAGGCACUGUAUGCCACAUAUUUGGCUAUGAUAUGUCUUCAACCGACCGAGUACCCUUUGGAGCUUCAGAACAUCCUUUACGGCACAGCGGAGAUAGCGCAUCAUGCAUCAGAGACAGAUUCUUGUCGGAAACCCCUGGGACAGUUAACAGCAAGCCGACCACAUGGCUGACUAUCAUCACUCCGCCAAUUUUCUGGCUGUUUGUCGUCAAACAAUGACUUCCAGGCUGAUCACGGAGUGCGCUACUUCCAGGAUUUACCGAAAAUGGUAGGGAUUCUGCUUGAUACACGGCAUGGGAGGACGACAUCUACAUUUCGAUUGGGAACCGGGCAAAUCUGAGCGAUCCUAAGUGAUUGCAAUGGUGAUAGCUCAUGAGGUUCAUCAUCACAACGAUAGUUGGCUGCGCUAUCGAUGAGCGUCCUCAAGUUAAUCUUUUGCGCAUGUGUCGGAGGAUGAUGCGUGAGCGCGCGGAAUCAUGAGACUGAGACUAUGGGACGACGAAAUGGUGAGGUGUUUUCGCUUGGCCGUGUUGCUUUCCACUAUGCACGCGGCAGACCGAACCUCGACAGGAUUUGACUGCCCUUCUGGCAGUAAUGGAUGACGGGCGCGGAUGUGUUAUGAGACGGCGACUUUGUGGCGCCCGGCAUGGAAGGAGAUGCUUUGGAGGUGAAGUGAUGUCCGGUGGCCAACCCUAGAUCGAACGCUUCCGUGCUGGUAUGAGGGAGCAUAUGAGGGCCAUGGCAAAUGGAGGUGCUGUUAGCUGCGCCCUGCUGGAGCGGAUGUCCCAAUUUACUUCUACCUCGAUUCUGCUUUCGAGAUGACCGCCGCGAAUCUUCAUCAGGUACCAGCAUAGCUAGCAACCUACCUAGGCACUCAAGGCUACCUAAGGUAGGUUAUGUAUCAUGGGUUGCGAGCUGGUCUUCGGGAUAUCCUAUCGCUACUAUUACCGUGUGGGUCAUGAGUUAGAUAGAAGGUCUAGUAUGACCUGAGCUCUUCCCUUG